AUUCACACUUUGUCAAUCUGCCAGAGUCUAGCGACAAGCAAAAACCAUUUAUUGAUUAUUUACCUCUCUGCAAAUAGUUCGGAGAGCACCUAAAAUGUACGCACUCAUAUCAUUUUGCUGUUUAGCCAGCUUGGCCGCUGCCAUGCCACAGUUUCAGGGGCAAUUCGCUCCCUCGGCAGGUUUUGCCCCUUCGGCAGGUUUUGCCCCUUCGGCCGGUUUUGCCCCCUCACAAUACCAGACUGCACCCGCUCUGUCACGAUCCGAACAACAUGAUGAGGCCGGACAGUAUGUCUCCAGCUACUCAACUAUCGAUGGGCAACGAGUGGACGAAACUGGGACCUUGAAGCAGACCCCGGAUGGCACGGAUUAUGUCCUAGUGAAGCAAGGCAGUUACUCGUACACCUCACCCGAGGGCACGCCCGUGCAGGUCGCCUACACAGCUGACGAGAACGGUUUCCAUCCUGAGAGCCCCAACAUCCCUGUUGCUCCUCCACCGCCCUCAACUACUAGGUUCUAGACAAUCCUGAAAACAUCAUCCUCCACCAUUCAACAAACAUACAGUCCGGGUCCUGCAGGUUUGCCAAUCGGCGGAAGGCCCACUAGACUACAUUACUACCCGUUCAAAAACAUCGAACUUUCCAUAAGCAACAGAUGAUCUUCUCAAAACCAACGUGUUGCACCUGGAGAGAUACACAAAAAGCUUCAUUGUAUCUUUCUGUAAGCAACAGAUUCUCUUCUGUAUCUUCUCAAAAGCAACGUGUUGCAUCCAAAAAUAUAUACAGGAGGCUUCAUAAGCAACAGAUGAUCUUCUCAAAACCAACAUGUCGCUCCUGAAAAGAUACAUAAGGAGCUUCAAUGUAACUUUCUGUAAGCAACAGAUGCUGUUAUGUAUCUUCUCGAAAGCAACGUGUUGCAUCCAAAAAUAUACACAGGAGGCUCCAAUGUAUCUUUCCAUAAGCAGCAGAUGAUCUUCUCAAAAUCAACGUGUUGCAACGGAUAGAUACACAAGGAGCUUCAAUGUAUCUUUCUGUAAGCAACAGAUGCUGUUAUGUGUCUUCUAAGAAGCUACGUGUUGCAUCCUAAGAGAUGCACAGGAGGAUUCAAUGUAUCUUUCCAUAAGCAACAGAUGAUCUUCUCAAAACCAACGUGUUGCAACUGGAGAGAUACACAAGGAGCUUCAAUGUAUGUUUCUGUAAGCAACAGAUGCUGCUAUGUAUCUUAUCGAAAGCAACGUGUUGCAUCCAAAAAUAUACACAGGAGGCUUCAAUGUAUCUUUCCAUAAGCAACAGAUGAUCUUCUCAAAAUCAACUUGUUGCAUCGGGAAAGAUACACAAGGAGCUUCAAUGUAUCUUUCUGUAAGCAACAGAUGCUGUUAUGUAUCUUCUCGAAAGCAACGUGUUGCAUCCAAAAAUUUACACAGGAGGCUUCAAUGUAUCUUUCCAUAGGCAACAGAUGAUGUUCUGUAUCUUCUCAAAAGCGACGUGUUGCAUCCGAAGAGAUACACAAGAAGCUUCAAUGUAUCUUUCCAUAAGCAACAGAUGCUGUUCUGUAUCUUCUCAAAAGCAACGUAUUGCAUCCGAAAAACACACAUGAUUAGGUAACUUGAGAUAGUAACCGAAUUUGUUGUAAAUUUAAUUAGUAAUCUUUAAGAUUAAAUUCAGUGUGAAAAUAUGUUCUAGGCGAUAAAGUAGCCUUAACAAUGUACUUUAAAAAUUAUUGCUCAAGAUGGGACCCAUAUUGAACUAGAUUCUCCCAAUAAAACUUCCAAACUUUCUCAUCAAUGAAAUCAUCGAUGUACAGAUCUCAUUGGACCAGCAUUGAUGAACCUGUCAACAAGUCGUGAGCUUGGAUUAACCCUUCAUCAUUCCCAAAAUGGAAUCAAAUCUGAUACUUGAUGUAUGGUAAAUCUGAUUGAAAAUGCAAGCCAAAUUCUAAAAAUGUAUUCUUUCCAAAUCCCUUUUCAAAUUUUAUGUAAGACGAAGCGAGUCCUUAUUGUACAGUAGACGACUACAUAUAUUGAAAUUAUUGUAGAUCUUAGAAUAUAUUUAUUAAUUUUGUGAUAAUUUAAUAAAACUAUUUUCAUGAAAGUAAAUCUUUCCGUAAUGA